AUGUCAAGCAUUUCACACAGCGUUCGUCGUCUUCUGCGACCGGCAAACAAGUUUGCUUUCAACAAAUACUCGCCUGCAGCACCCAUUGCCCGGCUGCACCAACAGGGCCCAUCCCGUUCAGCCGUCGUUCAUGAACAAGCACUUCCCCACAGUCAAACAGAGGGAGCAGCAUUCCUCUCUCAAACCCAGCCCCUAACACCUCUGCACCAUGGUUCAGCAAACCUCGAUUCCCUCGUUUCCCAAAUUCCCCUGGUCCAGAAUCUCCGCGAUACCCACAGCACCUACAAGGAAACCCGUCCUCACCUCGCAAUUCCCCCUAUUAUAAGACAACACCACCUGGUCGGCGGCAGCUUGUCUGGUCCAGGAAAGCUUGCAUUUGCACCCUACAUGUGGCUCUCCACCGGAAAGCCCGGAGCAGAGGCCAACAGCAGUGAGCGCGCUAGCCGCGUUGUCUCAGUAUUCCACAUUGGCCAAGAUCUCUGCGGACAUCCCGGCUUUGUGCACGGUGGCCUCCUCACUGUACUCUUUGAUGAGGUGUUUGCUCGCUGUGUUUCUGCAGCUUUCCCCAGCGGGCUGGGUAUGACGGCAAACCUGAAUGUGGAUUUCCGCAAGCCUGGUCUUCCCGACCGGAUGUAUGUGCUGCGCACUGAAACGGUUAAGGUUGAGGGCCGCAAGGCUUGGGUUGAGGGUCGCAUGACCUACCUUCCUAUGAACUUGCCUGCGGACUCUCAAGGCAUUGUGCCUGAUGUUAGUUUGCUACAGGAGGAGAGCGAGGGAGCCGUAAUGGUUGCUGAGGCCAAGGCUUUGUUUGUGGAGCCUAAGUUUGCGGAUUCUAUGGUGUCCAUCUAUGGGAACUGA